AUGAUUGACGAAGAGAGGAGUUUAAUAAAAUCUUGGGAAUCCUGUAAAUGUGUAAAAAAGUCUGGCGCCCGGCUAGAAUGUAAAAGAUAUGAGAAGGAAUUGGAGCCUCUGGAGUGGUCUCUUUUAAAAAGCUUCUCAAUCCUAGAGGUAGAAAAUAGUGAGAGGUUGAAAAGGCUAAAAAAGUUCGCAGAACUAUGCAAAACCGGUAACGCCUGUUAUUCAAUCGAAGAGACAGUAGAGAAUCAAUUUACCAGAGAAUCGAUAAUAUUUAGAGCUAAUGAAACCUCUUUGGACAGUUCUACGACUUCCAAAGAUGGAUCAGAAGUAAAAGGUUCGGACCCAAAAGCAAAGACAAUGCUCAGCAGAGGAUUGCUUGACAGGAUCCUUGACACGAAAAAAAAACUAGUAUUCCCAGCAAACUCGUUUUCAGCUCAGAUUCAAAAGGACGUUUUGGCCUUAAACUUUCUGCAAACCAUGGAAAAUAUUGGAUCGUGUAUGAAAAUACCAAUAGUUAUUCCAUACAACAGAGUGUCAGAUCUGGUAUAUUUGUACCAAUUGGAUGUGAUUCAAGACGAAACCAUGUGGUCGCCGUACGUAGAAAGUGAAUUUAUGAGAACGUUGUUCUCCCACGGGUUCAUUACAAUCGCAGUAAAAGCGAACCUGAUGGGAGUUGAAAAGGUGAUACUGUUGCCGAAGAUGCAUGACCUGAGGUGUUGCAUGAAGCCGCAGGAUAUAAUAGUGACAAGGAAGGUUAAAAGAAUAUCAAGAAAGUUGAAAAUAACAAUAAACACAAGUUUUCAAGAGGUAAUCAAGGGGAUAUCAGAUAGCCACGGAGAAGACUGGAUGUACCCUGAAAUGCAACUGGAGUUUAUGAAGAUGCACUACCUGAACGGAAUGUAUAAAACAAAUGAACGAAAGUGGUCGAACGGCACUAAUAAAAUGGAAUCGAAAACUGAUCAUGAAAACAAUGAAACUUUUCAGAAAAAUGAAAAGACAGUAGUGUCAGUAGAAGUAUGGCACGAGGAUAAGUUGGUAGCAGGAGAGAUUGGAUUCGUUAACGGGUCUAUGUAUACUAGCAUAAGCGGGUUCCAUAGAAUGAACAACGCGGGGAAUUUUCAAUUGGUAGCCCUGGCAGCUAUUUUGUAUUUCAAUGGCUUUAAGCUGUGGGACUUGGGAAUGGAAAUUCCAUAUAAAAUAGACAUGGGAGCAAAGACAGUGCCACGCAGAAAAUUCAUAAAGCAGUUAAAUGAAUUAAAAAACACAAAAGUAAAGUUUGAAAUACCGGCGAAAUAUGCUGGGAAAAGCAACGGAGAAGAGUUGAUUUCAGACUUCUUGAAAGCAGUAGGUGGUGAUAAAGUGGCAGCUGGCGGGCCUAAUAAGCCUGGUAGCGGCCAAAAGUAG